AUGGCCAAGUCGGAAGAGUACGCAAGCCACUACGCAACCACCGAAGGGCGCUUCGGGUCGACAUCGUCGCCGCCGGCCCUCGGGCGCCACGUAGACGACGACGAGGUGUACUCGCUCCCAGAGCAGAGGAGAAUCAUCCGCCGCAUCGACCUGCGGCUCGUCACCGUCCUGGCCGGCCUGUACGUGAUAUCGCUCGUGGACAGGGUCAACAUCUCCACCGCCGCCGUCGCCCAUCUCAACAGCGAUCUUGGGCUCCAGACAGGUUCCCGGUACUCCGUCAUUGUUUCCGUCUUCUUCAUCACCUACACCGUCUUCCAGCCGCUCGGCACCGUCCUCACCCGCAAGAUCGGCCCCCGCUGCUUCCUGAGCUCAAUCACCAUGGCAUGGGGCCUCGUCAUGAUCGGCAACGGCUUCGUCAACUCGUGGCAGAGCCUGGCCGGGCUCCGCGUCCUGGUAGGCGUUUUCGAAGCCGGCUUCUUCCCGGGGGCCGUGUACCUGCUCAGCACGUGGUACACCAGGUUCGACAUGCAGAAGCGCUACACCGUCUUCUACGGCGUCGGGUGCGUCGCCGCUGCGCUCGGCGGCAUUCUGGCCUUUGGUCUCUCCAGGAUGGACGGUCUCGCGGGGCUGAGGGGCUGGAGAUGGAUCUUCGUCGUCGAGGGCGCGCUGUCUUGCGUCGGCGCCCUCGUCUCGUACGUCUUCCUCGUGGGCUUCCCGGAGGAGGCCGAACAGUCGUGGAACUUCAUCACCCGGCCGGAGCGCGACUUCAUCAUCCGGCGCGUCAACCGUGACCGGGGGGACGCCGUGACGGAGCCCUUUUCGUUCGAGGCGUUUUUCGCGCCCGCCGCCGAUGCCAAAAUCUGGGUCUUUGCCUUCAUGUUCUUCUGCGUCACCACCGUGGGCUACUCCAUUAAUUAUUUCCUUCCCAUGAUUCUCCUCGGAAUGGGCUUCUCUGUCGCAGAGUCCCAGUGCCUCGUGGUGCCGCCGUGGGUUUUCACCGGUCUCCUCAUGUACGCGCAAGCCUGGCUCGGGGACCGCUAUCGUCUCCGAAGCCCCAUCAUAGCCUUCAACGCAGUCCUGGCACUCGUCGGGCUGAUGCUCAUGGGAUUCCACCACGCCUAUCCUGUUCGCUACGCGGGGGUCUUCUUCAUCGUGGCUGGGGCCAGCGGUAAUACGCCCCCCGUGUUGACGUAUCAGGCCAAUAAUAUCCGUGGGCACUGGAAACGCGCAUUCUGCAGCGCCACACUGAUCGGGUUUGGUGGCAUCGGGGGGGUCGCUGGUGCUUUGGUCUUUAGGAGCCAGGACCAGCCAAAGUAUCUCCCGGGAAUCUACGCCGCCAUUGCCUGCAACGUCUGCCUCUUGCUUUGCACCGGGGGCUUGUCGAUUUGGUUCUGGUUUGCGAAUAAAAGGGCCAUGACGGGGCAGGCGGUGUUGGAAGGGCUGGAGAAUUUCACUUACACCUACUAA